AUGUUACGCCCGUCGUCAGCAAGAGACGCAAACACAUGUCUGCGAUGCAACCUGCGCCUCGUGCUCCGUCAGAUCCAACACCGCCGCUACCAAUCAUCGGAUGAAUCGCCCCUUCCAACUCGAGAUUUUGCUGCUUACACGUCUGCGCCUUCGCCUCAAACAUCACAUCUUCGACUUGUUCGCACCCACGGAAACCAUGGAAGGAUUCGUGGCAAGAAGGGCGGUCAGAGGCGUGUCGAGUCGUCAGAGGCCUUGUCCAUUGACAGUCUAGGACAGAGCUCCGAAGUCAUCGUUCUACGCGACUUGCACGAGCCCCGUCCAGAAAAGAAGAAGCCAGAGGAACACGCCCAACACAUGAGCCAUGUCGAAGCCUCCGAGCCCAAGCCACCUGCCCUGACCGGAAGGGACAUUGAAAACAUGUCGGGCAGAAGAGCAACUCGUCCGAAGUCUCAAGAAGUCUUCGAGUCAAUCGAUGCUUUGAGGCCUGAAGAGGGUGUCCACAUCUUCACCGAAGAUGAGUUCCGUCGCCAAAUGCAGGCCCUUCGUAAUGGCUACACUAUAAGUCAACUGAGAGGUUAUUUGGUACACAAGACUGCCCCUGCUCAAUCCGCUGCCUCUAAUGCCAAAAGGUUGCGUCGUGGCUCGCGUGCCUCUAACGAGACUGCAUCUACCGAGAUUAGUAGCGGAGAGGGGGAAUUGCAGCAUCUUAAGCGAACUGCCUGGCAUGCCGGUACCACUCCCAUCGCCGAACGGCUGCCCAUGGUCGACUUGUCUAUGCAUCUGGGUCGCAAGAUGGACAACAAAGACGAUGUGAUAGAGUCCAUCUUGCGUCAAGUUUGGGCACUCGGCAUCGAGGAAGAGCAGACAGCCAUGGGCGAGAUGGAGUUUCUGCUGUCACCCAUGCAGUUUGGCCUGCUGCUCACAAAGAACUCCGACACCUUGCGGCCCCUGCUCGAGAGCUCCAAAUUCUAUAAAAAUUCUCGUUUCCAGUUACACCAGGCCGACCACGUUAUUAGAAUCGUAGGCCCGAGGGCUGAGUCCGAGGCUAUCGCCCACGUUCUGGCCGAAGCCUUCGCCCCUGCCAGAAGCGCCGAUAUCGAUCUCGAAACCUUUCGUGCUGCUUUGGAAGAGACUUCCUCGCCCUUCACCCUACAGGACAUAUUGACCCCUGCCCAGUUAAACAACAUCAUGGCCCUGACAAGGACAUACAUCCACUACGAAGUCAAUGCCAACCGCCUUCGCAUUGCCAGUUUCAUCGAUGUCGCCAUCAAUGAUGCCCAUCGUCUACUUAUCGCUCUCUUGCCCUCCACCCCGCCAGUCAGAGUCACACACCUCUACGAUUCGCACGAGGCCGACAGCUGUCGCCUUGAAGCCAUCUCAGCAACUAAGGACCUACCGUCUCAUGUCAAGAAUCGACAGCUCGGUCGCUGGGUCACCUCGUCGCCCAGGUCUAAGCAGUCUACUGCUGAUCAAACCUCCGUGGAUACUGAAAAUGAUAAUCUCUUCGCCAACAGUCCGUCAAACGUUGAGCUACCAAACUUGCAUAGUGACAGCCUCAUCAUUCGAGAAGCUAUUGCCCUAAUGAACUCCAAGCUCGACGCCUCACGCGAGGACAUAUCUGAAAUUGUGUCUGAAAUAUGGCCACUGAAGACUCGAUUCGGAUCUUGGAAGGCGAAUGUUGGCCUGUCGUUGCAUGAUAUUCAAAAUAAAGACACCUAUCCUGGCGCUGCUGGUGUUUCCUCGAGUAUCGAAGAUCCCGCAGCAUAUCCCAAGCAGGUUUUUGCCUCUAAAGUCCAAGGUCUUGUCAGCCUCUUGUCUUCUGUUCCCCAGAAGAAGCCAGGGCAAAGAGUUGGCGAAGGAUUUAUGCUCACGGCCCACCUGAUCCCAUCUCCUCUCGACCAGACAGGUAUUCUGGCUUCCACUACCUUUCCUACUGUGCAGCUUCGCUUCUUCCUUGAUGAGUCUACCGCAUUCCACGACCAAAAGCGUAUAUCCACCAUGCUUCCCGAUGGCAAGUUCCUCAGUUUCAGGGAUAUGCGCGCCGUACUCAGUACUGAAGCUAUACAGCUGAACCUGCCCUCGUAUAAUGCUGACAUACGGUUCGAGCGUGAUCGGGAUCUCGUUUCACGACGCGCUAUGCGUGACCCCGGCAUCAGGUCAUUCAUUGAAGCAGUAAUCGAAAGUAUGACAAACGACGCCACUCUUCGUGCACCCNCUGCUCUGCAAAUCCCCAUUCCUCGUGCGGUUAUCCGUAUUAUGAGUAAAUUACAUUCAGAGAAGCCGCAACACGCCGAUCUCAACCUUGAGACACACGCUGAGCUCGAGGAAGCUGAGCAAUCAAUCCGUGUCAAAUAUCUUUUUGCUGGCUUUGAGUAUCGCGAGCCACGCAAUUUCAAUCUCGGAGCGCUUGGGCCAGACUAUAGAGCAACUCUUCACACUGUGGAGGCGGGUGUAACAGGCGGACGUCGUCUCGCACUUGGUUUGCGCUACAACGACAAGCGGGAGCUUCCUGUUGAAGAUCCUACGAUUGUGGAAGGGCUUGCGAAUGCAUCGGUCAAUGUCAUCAAUGUCCUGGCGACUCCUCCUGGCGAGAACCUUGAUCCCCUGGACAGAAGUGGUUCCCGCGUAUUCCAGCUGAACGCUCCCAUGUCGAGUCGCUCGAGCAGAGAGAAUGAUCUGGCAGGAAACAGCCUGAGUAGAAACAGAUCAGUCGAAAUACCUAAGCUCACUCCGAGAUUCGAGGCGUUUAUAAAAACACGAGCAAAGCUUGCUACCAGAGAAAAGACGCUACAAGCACAGGUCACCAACGACAGCAACCCAUCGGCAAUGGAAAAGGUCGCAAAGCAAGAAAGGGGUGUCGAGCUAGACAAGGACCAAGAUCCUCGCGUCGAAGAAGUGGCAUCGGAUGAAGCAGCUAUGCAGGAAACCAUCGCGAUCGAAAAGCCGGAAUCGCAAACUCGGGCUUUUGAUGCGCCUAUAGAGCAGGAUCGCACCGAGCAGACAUGGGGUACAGAGCCAGCUCUCUCGACUUCGAGCACGAUCAAGGCAGACAUGCCUCAGCAGACCACUACACAAGCAUCGACAGAGCCUGAGACUCAAGAGGCCAAGGCGGAAGAAGCAAAGGCCUCCGAAGAGGAACCCNUGAGUGUCCGUCUAAGACGCAUGAUGGGUGGUGCAUAA